CGCACUAAGGCAAGACCUCAGCCACUUCCUCAUGCAGCUGCAGUGUCGAUAGGGGAGAGCUCAGAGAAACGACACUUCCUAAAAAUCCAUUUCACUUUCCACGGGAUAUUCCAGCAAUGCCCCUUCUGUGGGCUUGAAGACAGGCAUGGAGUUGAGAUUCCUGCUGCUGUUGCUCUGCAUUUCAGGUUUCGAGGCACAAGAGUUUGACGCAGUGGUGAGCAGAGCGGAGGGGCAGAGGCUCAUUGUUGAGUGUCACUACAAUUACUGGGACUACAGUGCAACACCGAAAACCUGGUGCCAGCUGAGAGAUGAGAAAUGCUUUCCAUUAGUUAGCACCUCUUACACAUCAGAUAGAUACCAGAACAAGGUUACAUCUGGAAGAGCCACGAUAGAGGAUGACACCGGCAAUGCGAUUGUAACCAUCACCAUGGAGAAGCUGCAGGUGCAGGACUCCGGCGUGUACUGGUGCGCGCGCUAUUACCUGCCCAGUACAAUGUAUCCACUAAAGACAAUUAAAUUGGAUGUUUCCAAGGAAGUCCAAGAAUACGAUGCUAUUGAGGGGCAGAGUCUCUCUGUCCAGUGUCCAUACAACAUACAGGAUUACAAAGGGGUGAAGAAAGCCUGGUGCAGAAGUACAGUUCAGAAAGGAUGUGAUGUCUUGGUCAACACUGGUCACAGAUCCUACAGAUAUCAAAACUGGGCUCAGAAAGGCAGAGCCAGGAUACAUGACGACACCCAGACAGGGAUUGUUACUAUCACCAUGGAGAAUCUGCAGGCAGACGAUGCAGGGGUGUACUGGUGUGCAUACUACAAGCCUCCCAGGCUUUACAGAAUAAUUGAAGUUAAACUGGCUGUUACCAAGGCUACAACUACAAGUGUCGUCCCAGUUACCUCAAGCACAGGUCACACCAGCCUAAUCCUUAGCACGGCUAGUGCUGGGGUCACCCCAGCAGACAUCAGCCUCUUGAAUGAGAGAAACUUCAUCAUCCUCGGCGUGGUCCUGGGAGUCUUUAUCCUGGCGCUUAUAGGCUUGGUGAUAUUGUGCACCCGGAAAUCCAAGCAGCUGAAGACAAAAGGUGAUGGACAAGCUGAAGCCAUCUAUGAAGAACCCAGGAACGACACAGUGUCUCAGGGCUUCAGCAACGUGUACGAUCCCAAGGACAACAAACAGGAGAUGCCACAAGACCUAAAAUAUGCCACCUUGGCCUUUAAAUCCAGACCUAGUCCCAGGGAAUCUGUCUACGCCAAUAUCACGCCAAGUCGAGCUCUGGAGAUACCCCACACCAGGUCUCCCACUGAGCCUGUGGAAUACGCCAGCAUUUCACUCAAGCCAUUAGCAUCAGGCGCCAAAUCAUGAUCUCAAGAACCCUGAAUAGCCCAGCAGUGAAACAGAAGAGACUGAGCUGGAACACUGCUGAGAGGGAAGCGUGUGUGCAUGCUAGAGAAGAAGUCUUUGCUAUGUUCAUAUUUAACAUGUAUAUUUAAAGACCUGCCUCAGGUCAGAGGCUUGCAGAAAAAUUUAUCACUGGCAAUUGGGUAAAAUGCAGCUGCUUUUGGAGAAACAGCACAGGAAGAUCAAGAGAACGAAGGACACUCCUCAGGACUCAGGCUGGGGGAAUAUGGACAGGCAUUGUCAUCUCAAACCCACGCAAACGUUGUAUGUGUAGGAUUCUGACUCAGAUGUUACAGGGUUCUGCUUCCCCUUGGGAGAGUGACAGAGAAUGAGUGGGGUGGAGGGGAAGGGGAAUAAAUAUACUGAUGAUGUGUGAACUGCA